AUGGUGGCAUCUGGUGCGUCAGCUACAGCCACGCCGGAAGGACGAUACGUCGCAAGCGGCUUGACUGAAGCAUGCCGUGUAUCACUCUUCGACACUGUAGAAAAGGAUGUCGCACAAGCUCGUGAAGUUCUGGUACUUCGAUCUGCGUUACUGCUAAUAUGUCUUGCUGCAUGGUCUGGCGACAAGUGGCAUAUGGACAUGGCCAUGGGUCAAAGAGGCCUGUACCUUGCUAUGCUUGCCCAUGCUGGUAUGCUAGAUGUAUCAGAAUCUAGUAUCGAUGUGAACGAGUGCAAGCUUGACCCCGAGAUAGCAUGGGGUGAUUGGAAAGAGCACGAAGGCCGUCAUCGUCUUGCUCACUCUUGGGUUAUCGUGGAUCAGGAAAUUUCUCUGUUUUCUGAUACGACACCCCAAUUGUCCGUAGUUGACCUUCAUGUUCCUAUGCCUGAUACAGACGAUCUGUGGCAUGCGCCAUCCUCCGCCGACUGGUUGGUGCUUUUCGAGAAAACACAUGGCUCGACAUAUCGCAGUCCAGCGUCGGUGAGAGACUUCUUCACCAAGUUUGUCGACGGUGAUCUAGCAGGCAAAGAGCUGUCGCCCACCCAGCUGCGACUGCUUUUGCACCCACUGCAGGCCCAGGUAUGCCAGCUGCGACAAUUCAUUGCAUGCUUACCUGAUGGCGGGUCGCAUGCUAAGUCACGAGCUGUAUCAAAAGCAGCAACGAAGGCAAGGCUGGAAGAGAUUGCCGCCCUGUUACAGCAGUGGUACACGAUCAGCAAACAGAGCUUUUCUGGAAACCAGGGGACUUGUUGGACAACCUGCGCCAACCUCAUCAUGUACCAUCUCAUCUCCCUCAACACCAUCACGAGCUUCAAGGACAUCGAGCAGUUCGCUCGAAGAGAAGUCAUGGUUGGACCGACUAGAUAUGGUACUUGGUUGCAGAGCAGAUGUAUUGACCAGCCUGAGGAAGCACUCUUCCACUGUGGUCAGAUCUUGCGCCUGAUUCGAUCGAUGCCAAAGCCUGUGCGCCCUCCAUGGUGGGCAGGCGCCGUCUACAGGGCCGCCAUGAUUGCUUGGGCCACUGGCAUGUCGAGAGGAGGACAACCGUUCGUCUCGGAAACCCACAAUGGCGAUGCCGCAGCGCAAUUUGCCAUCGACGACCUCACUCCUGAACAUGACCUGAUAAGUCGUUUUGUCAAACAUCAGGAGGGUGAACCAAUGAUCACCAACGGCGAUCGAACUCUUAGUCCUGUUCAUGUCCCUUCGAACGUGCUCAGUGCUUGUGCAGGUGUUCUCGAGGACGAUCCCUCGAUGCGCCUAGCUGACGGCAUCAGGCGUAAACUGCUCAUCUUCAUUGACACGUGGAGAGAGUAG